CUCACCGACUCUAUACGCGCUCACCAAGCAAAGAAGAUGGCCCCUCAACUUGACGGUUUCUUCAAGCAGGUCGACAGCUCUGCUGACGACUUCAUUGAGCGCCUGCGCAAGGCUGUGGCUAUUCCUUCGAUUUCCGCCGAGGAUGCUCGCCGCCCUGAUGUCGUUCGCAUGGGAGAGUUUCUCGCCGAGGAGCUCAAGAGCCUGGGAGCUUCGGUAGAGCUUCGACCGCUGGGAAAGCAGCCCCACAAGGAGCACCUCGACCUCCCUCCCGUCGUCCUCGCUCGAUACGGAAACGACAGCAACAAGCGAACCAUUCUCGUCUAUGGUCACUACGACGUUCAGCCUGCCGAGAAGAGCGACGGCUGGGCUACCGAGCCCUUCGAUCUCACCGUUGACGAGAAGGGUCGCAUGUUCGGACGUGGAUCUACGGACGAUAAGGGCCCUGUCCUGGGUUGGUUGAAUGCCAUCGAGGCCCACCAGAAGGCGGGUGUCGAUUUCCCCGUCAACCUGCUCAUGUGCUUCGAGGGUAUGGAGGAAUAUGGUUCUGAGGGCUUGGACGACCUCAUCAAGGAAGAGGCCAAGAAGUACUUUGCUGAUGCCGAAGCUGUCUGCAUUUCUGACAACUACUGGCUCGGUACCGAGAAGCCUUGCUUGACCUAUGGUCUCCGAGGCUGCAACUACUACUCGGUUGAGAUCUCCGGCCCUGGCGCUGAUCUUCACAGUGGUGUCUUUGGUGGCACGGCCCAGGAGCCCAUGACCGAUCUCGUCAGGGUUCUGGGAUCGCUGGUCAACACUGAUGGUCAGAUCCAGAUUCCUGGCAUCAUGGAGCAGGUUGCCCCUGUCACCGCCGACGAGGAGGGUCUCUACGAUGGCAUCUCCUUCACUAUGGACAACAUCUACGAGUCGCUCGGUAGCACGACGACUAUUUUUGAGGACAAGAAGAGCACUCUUAUGGGCCGCUGGCGAUACCCCUCUCUGUCUCUCCACGGUAUCGAGGGUGCCUUUUCCGCUCCAGGAGCCAAGACUGUCAUCCCUGCCAAGGUCAUUGGAAAGUUUUCGAUCCGAACAGUACCCGAUAUGGACAUUGACACAACCAACGAGUGUGUGUACAAGUACGUGAAGGAGCAGUUCGCCAAGCUCAACAGUAAGAACACCCUGAAUGUGUUCGCACAGCACACUGGCAAGUGGUGGGUGGCGUCGCCCAAGCACUGGAACUUUUCGGCUGCUGCCAAGGCUGUUGAGCGUGUGUGGGGUGUUCAGCCCGACUUUACUCGCGAGGGUGGAAGUAUCCCCGUUACUCUGACCUUUGAGGAGGCCACUGGCAAGAACGUUCUGUUGCUUCCCAUGGGUAGCUCGACUGAUGGUGCGCAUUCCAUCAACGAGAAGCUGGACAAGCGCAACUACAUUGAGGGCAUCAAGCUGCUAGGAGCCUACCUGCACUACGUUGCCGAGGAGCCCAAGGCCUAAGCUAAGAACAUCCAUAAUAAUGAAGAUGAUUGAACGUG